CCCACCCCAGGGUGGGCAGGGGGCACAAACCCACCCCAGGGUGGGCACAAACCCCCCCCAGGGUGGGCAGGGGGCACAAACCCACCCCAGGGUGGCAUCCCGGGGACCCCCGACCUUCCCCCCCACCCCAAAAAAAAGCCCCCCCGGAGCUGUGGGGGUGGGGAGGGGUCGCAGCCCCGGGGCUGAUGCGGAUUUUGGGGAUUUUUUGGGGAUUUUGGGGAAGGGUCUCUGCUGCUCCAGAGCCCCCCCGGAUUGCGGCGCGAUGGACGCGGGGGACAACGGGGGACAAGGUGGCGACCCCCGGGUGGCACAGGCGCAGCGCCGGCGGGACCUGGAGGCGGAGCUCCGUGACCUCAGCAGACAGGUGGCGGCGCUGGGGCGGAGCCUGGAGGCGGAAAGGGGGCGGAGCCUGCUGGAGGGCGGGGCCCUGCGCGCGCUGGAGAUGGCGGUGGGCGGAGCCAAGGCCCGGGUGGGCGGAGCCUGUCGGGCCCUGGACCGGGCCAAUGAGCGCCUGCGGCUGCAGCAGGAGGCGGGGCAGGCGCUGUGGGAGGAGCUUGAGGCCGCUCGGGCGGCCAAGGCGGGGGCGGAGCUCCGGGCCCGGGAGGUGGAGGCGCAGUGCCGGGCCCGGGGGGCGGAGCUGGAGCGGCUGCGGCAGGCGGUGCAGGCGGCCCGGCAGUCCCGGCGCCGGGCGGAGCAGGAGCGGGACCGGGUGGCGGCGGAGCUCGGCCACGCCCCCCGCGCCAGCGCCCCCACCGGUGACCCCACGGCGCUGGAGGAGCCGCGGGAGCAGAACCGGGACCUGCGGGAGCGGCCGGGACAGCGGCGGGGACAGGUGGGGACAGUGUGCCCAGCCCCUGCCCCGCGCUCUCCCGCAGGUGCAGCAGCUGUGGCGGGCGCGGGACCGCCCCGGGACCCCCGGGACCACUGGGAUAACAACCGGGACAACAACCGGGACCACCGGGAUAACAACUGGGACAGCCGGGACAACAACUGGGAUAACCGGGACAACCGGGAUAACAACCGGGAUAACAACCGGGAUAACAACCGGGAUAACCGGGACAACCGGGACCCCCGGGAUAAGCGGGAUAACCGGGACAACAACCGGGAUAACAACCGGAACUCCCGGGAUAACCAGGAUAACCGGGAGCGCCGGGAGCGCCGGGAGCGCCGGGGCUCCCGGGAUACCCGGGAGCGCCGGGAGCGCCAGGACCCCCGGGAUAACCGGAACCACCAGGAUAACCGGGAUAACAACCGGGAUAACCGGGAGCGCCGGGAGCACCGGGAUAACUGGGAGAACAACCGGGAUAACCGGGAUAACCACCGGGAUAACCGGGAGCGCCGGCACUCCCGGGCUGACCAGGAGCACCGGGAUAAGCGGGAUAACCGGGAGAACAACCGGGAUAACCAGGAGCAGCGGGAUAACCGGGAUAAGAGAACAACCGGGAUAACCGGGAGCACCGGGAUAACCACCGGGAUAACCGGGAUAACCGGGAUAACAACCGGGAUAACCGGGAUAACCGAGUCCGCCCUGCGCGCCCGCUGCGCCCGCCUGGAGGAGCUGCUGCGGAACGAGGCGGGGGCGCGGCUGGCGCUGGCCCGUGCCGCGCGUGUCACCGGGCGCCGCGUGCGGCUCCUGAUGGCCGAGGCCGAGGAGGAGCGGCUGAGAGGGGAACGGUACCGGCAGCAGGCCCGUGCUAGCGAGGCGCAGUGCCGGCGGGUGGCGGCGCGGGCGCUGCGGCUCCGUGCGGGCGCGGCCGAGGCGCGGGCCCGGGGCCGCCGCCUGUGCCGGGACCUGGAGCGGCUCGGGGACGGAGCGGCGGAGCGGCAGCGGGAGGCGGCGGCGCUGCGGGCGCGGCUCAGGUGUGACCCCAUGAACCUGACCCGCAUUGUCCGGCGGAUGCUGCGGGACGGGGACAGCGACUCCGGGGACAGCAGCGGGGACAGCGCCCCCUGACCCCCCAAACCCCAAAACCCCAAAACCCCAAAACCCCAAAACCCCAAAACCCGCCCGGGACCCCCCCCAGCCCCCGGUGCGCUUUUGGGGCGGGGGUCCCCAAAACCAUUAGAGGGGAUCCCACUGGCCCCGGGGGACGUUUUGGGGUCCCCAAAGCCGCGCUGGGGCCGCGCCCCAAAAAGGGGAUUUGGGGUCGGGGGGGGGUUGGGACCCUCCCCAAUCCCCUUUUGGGGGGUCCCGUGCGGGAUUUUGGGGGGCUUGAAAAUAUUCGGAAGUCUGGAAAGGCUCAAAUCCCCCAAAAGGCGUCGGGAGGGGCGCCAAAACCAACUCUGCACCAACCGGGGGGUGGUGGGACCCUAAAACCCCCCCCGAGACACUCCAAAACUCCCCGAGACACCCCAAAACCCCCCGAGACACCCCAAAACCCCCCAAAAUCCGCUGGGACACCCCAAAACUGUAUUUACCCUGAUUGGGGGGGCUGAAACUCCCCAAUAAAAGCCCCGAAUUUCUCUAAA